ACCGGACGUGGACCGGAACUUAACAUUAAACAAAAAAAUGGCUUCGAAAUUGGAGAACGCUACAGCCGCACAGGUGACUGCAUUGAAGGGUGUGAUCCGGAACAGCAGCUAUGUGAUACCAGGACUAUAUGAUCUGUCCGUUGAGGACACCAAUUGGGUGCUGACCUCAUCCUUUAUCAUCUUUACAAUGCAAACGGGCUUCGGCAUGUUGGAAUCGGGCUGCGUUUCGAUCAAGAACGAGGUGAACAUCAUGAUGAAGAAUGUAAUUGAUAUUGUGCUUGGCGGCUUCACAUAUUGGCUUUUUGGCUACGGCAUGAGCUUCGGGCGCGGACCAUUCUCCAAUCCAUUCAUAGCUAUAGGUGAUUUUCUGCUCGAUCCGCCCGUUGGCGACGAGCUGAUGGGACAAAUAUUUGCCGCCUUCCUGUUUCAAUUGUCAUUUGCGACGACGUCCACAACGAUUGUAAGCGGCGCCAUGGCCGAACGCUGCAACUUCAAAGCGUACUGCUUGUUCUCGUUCCUGAAUACGGCUGUCUAUUGCAUACCCGCUGGCUGGGUGUGGGGCGAACAUGGAUUCCUUAACAAUCUGGGCGCCGUGGAUAUUGCCGGCAGCGGUCCGGUGCAUUUAAUAGGCGGUGCCGCAUCCUUUGCUUCGGCUGCCAUGUUGGGGCCGCGUUUGGGACGCUAUGCCGAGGGUAUUGACCCGCUGCCGCUGGGCAAUCCGGUUAAUGCGUGCAUGGGUCUCUUUGUGCUCUGGUGGGGCUGGCUGGCGUUCAAUUCAGGCAGCACCUACGGCGUCAGCGGUGCCAAGUGGCAGUAUGCAGCGCGUGCAGCUGUAAUGACCAUGAUGGGCUCAUUUGGCGGCGGAUUUGUUAGUUCACUUUACUCGUUCUGGCGACACGAUGGCCGCAUGGACAUCAUGGAUCUCAUUAAUGGCAUUUUGGGCUCGCUGGUCUCCAUAACUGCUGGUUGCUUUCUUUAUCGCGCCUGGGAAGCGCUGAUCAUUGGUGCAUUGGGCUCGCUGCUGUGCGUUGUGACCAUGCCGCUUUUCGAUCGAAUGGGUGUGGAUGAUCCGGUGGGCGCCAGUUCUGUGCACGGUGUCUGCGGCAUUUGGGGUGUCCUUGCCGUUGGCCUAUUCGCUGACAAUCCUAUACCUCUGGACACGACUAAGGGACGCAGUGGUCUGUUCAAGGGCGGUGGUUGGUAUUUGCUGGGAAUACAAACGCUGUCCGCCUUUUGCUUGGCCUGCUGGGGCAUUUGUUCGACGUUAAUGUUGCUCUAUGUGAUUAAUAAAAUAAUACCCAUACGUAUGGAUCCGCACGAGGAGCUGCUGGGCGCCGAUCUCACCGAACAUCGCAUACGUCACUCACAAAUUGGACUGUCGCGCGCCAUUUCUGCGCUGGCCCCCAUCAAGAUCGAUCUGCAAGAGAUUAUCGGCAUUCAGCCCAUUGGAAUCAAUCCGGGUCAUGAGCGCAGCAUCGAGCAGCUUCGCGCUGCGGACGACAAACUGCAGCAAUGGCAAUCCUACCUGGAGCAAGUGAGUGGCAAGGGUAACAAGUUGGGCACAACCCAGAAAACACUUGAGGAACAGCAACUGGAAACAGACAUAACGCUUAAUCUAAAAUCUGGCGACAUUGAGCAAGAGAAGCCGAGUAGCGUCUUUGGGCGCAAGGCGAGAUCGGUGCAUGUUAUAAAGGACAAAUGGAGCCAGGACAAGGGCUCCUACAAGCCCAACAACAGUGAGUUGCCGGUUAUUAGCCCAGUGGCCAGACUGGAUAAGGAUGGCAACUUUGCCUGGUUGGACUAAAACUAAAACUGCAGAAUAGUCAAGUCUUAAAUAUAAGUCUCUUGCAAACCCAUUGGGUUUAUAACAUAAUUCCUAUU